GAAGUUCGGCUCAAUUCAAGCAGCUUGCACCGGCAUUGGAAGAGCAGUGAUGCAUCUUGGCAAUUUAGACAGGCAAAGGAUGGCUUCAGUCAGCCACCCAUACGGCAAGAGGCAGCUUUGGUGUUGCUCAGGCAGGGUGAGGUGAGAUUAUCAUCUUGUGGCAGAUCACAUGGGGUUUUGCCGAGCAAAGGCUGCACAGGGGAGGAAAUCGGUCAGACAGAGAGGUGGUGAGACAGGAAUCAAACGAGAAGCACAGCAGGAAGCCAAGGUGACUGACUGUCUCUUUCUGUGUCAUGGUGGAGAGGAGAGCUGGGUUUCAAGAAGACAACCUUGUGGGCUGAGCACUGAAGAGAAGAGAUGGAGGCACAUCGGAAGCCCCAGGGUGGAACAGAGGACCCAUUUUUGCUGAGGUCCUACCGGUGGGAGACCGUUCUACAGAAUGGAGAGAAGAUUCCCAGACUGGAUCCUUCUCAUCACCAUGGGUCAGCAGGCAGUUGGCACAAGGUCAAGCUACAGAAAUGGAAGCGGGCACAAAGCCAUCCAGAAACUGAACUUUCUCGGUCCAGUAUCGAAAAGCUACCCCAGGCAUCUUCCCGAGAGAAUACAGCUGUUCCUAAGAGGUCUGUCUUCCAGAGGGCUUUCUCCACCCCUGCCAAGAUGCCCAAGGAACAUGAAGGAAGCAGUAAACUGAGCCUAAGGAAGUACUUACGAUCCAUGUCCCACCGGAAGAACCAGGAGAGCACUCCCAGAUCUGAAAGAGAAGCAACCAAAGGUGGUGAUUCCUCUGUCCUGCUGGCUCCUGGUAUUACUCGUGAUUCUCACCUUUGGGAUGUGGCCAGUGUUUCUCUGCAAGAUCGGCAGUUGGUGGUUCUGGGCAGAGAAGAGGAGGGUCAGCUCCAGAAUCGGAAACGAACCAGUAGUUCUGUUUCAGAGUCAAGUUCAUUAUACCGACCAGUGAAUCAGAGGGACAUUGAGAUAGCAGCCGAGGGACGAAGCUUGGUAGACUCGCGGACCCCUGAGAAAAGGCCCUUCCAGGAAGCUUCUUCUGGAACCCAGCUCAGCAAUGUGAAGGGCUUGCUGUGGAAACGCAUCAGGGACAGAAAAGGUCGAUUCCAGGCCAAGGCUGAUUCCUCACCAGGGAUUGCUGUGAAUGGUGCCGGAGAUGUGCUGCCUGGACCUACUGUUCUGCUGGACUUGGACAACGAGAAGGACAUCUUGAUCCGCCCGCUUCACAGCAGCCUCCUGGGGGAGCAGUAUUGCUUUGAGGUUCUGAGUGCUGGAGGAAGACGCUGCUUCAAGUGUGCUUCUGCUGCUGAGAGGACCCGUUCAAUGGAGGACUGGCGCCGAGCGGUCCAGCCCAGUAUGGACAACUGUGAACGGACUGAGCGUAUGCUGAGCCUUUGGGUGUAUGAGGCCCGGGACCUGGCUCCUCGGAGGCCCUAUCUCUGCGAGCUGCGGCUGGAUGGAGCUCUGUAUGCCCGCACUACGACUAAAACCGCCAGUCCCACUGGAACCAUCUUCUGGGGAGAGCACUUCGACCUGAAGACUCUGCCCGUAGCUGAGGAGCUGCACGUCUACCUGGUACAGGAGGAAGAGGGGCACAAAGCAGGCAGCCCUGUCGCCAGUGUGGCCAUCCCCUUAAAGGAGCUGGCUGCUGUGCGGCAGCCCUUGGAGAGGUGGUAUCCUCUGGGCAGGGACAGGCCAAACCUGCCCACCCUCCGCCUUCGAGGACGCUACUGCAACAUCCGAGUGCUGCCCAUUGUGCGAUACAAAGAGUUUGCGGAGUAUCUCACUUUCCAUUACCAGGAGCUGUGUGCUGGGCUGGAGCACAGCCUCAGCGCUAGAGACAAGGAGGAGCUGACCAGCGUCUUGGUGCGCGUCUUGCAAAGCACAGGCAAAGCCAAGGACUUUCUGAUUGAUUUGGGAUUGGCAGAGCUGGACCGUUUUGAUGAACGAGAAGCCUUGCUUUUCCGUGAGAACACACUUGCUACCAAGGCCAUUGAUGAGUACAUGAAGCUGGUGGGAGGCCCAUACCUUUUGGGCACACUAGGUGACAUUGUUGCCCGGCCAUUCUCUCUGGAGGACAAGUGUGAAGUGGACCCCAGCAAAUGUGCACCAUUUGAUCUUUCGGAUAACCGCAGCAACCUACAGCAUCUCUGUGAUGAGGUCUUCCGGAAGAUUGCUGAGUCUCUCCAUGCCUUUCCUGCCGAGCUGAGCGAGGUCUUCACCGCCUGGCAAGAGGCAUGCCAGCUGCGGGGCAAACCUGGGAUUGGCCAGCGACUCAUUUCCGCUUCCCUCUUCUUACGCUUCCUCUGCCCAGCCAUCAUGUCCCCCAGCCUCUUCGGACUCACUCAGGCAUACCCGAACGAUGCCACCUCUCGCACCCUCACCCUGGUAGCCAAAGUUAUCCAGAAUUUGGCCAACUUUACCACAUUUGGGGAGAAAGAAGCCUAUAUGAGUUUCAUGAAUGAGUUUCUGGAGCAGAACUGGGGCUCUAUGAAGUCUUUCCUCAGCAGUGUAUCAAGUCCUGGCAGUGCUAUCCACAUGGUUGCCUUUGAUGACUCCAUUGACUUAGCCCUAGAGCUGUCCAUCCUGCACUCACUGCUCUGCAACAUCUUCUCCUCUCUAGAACCGCGAACACAGGAGAGCUUGGAGCCUCUGCCCACCAUCCUUCAUGCCAUACAAGAGGGAACACCAGUACCUGUCUCUGUUCGACUUGGACCAAACACAGUGGCAAGCCAUUCCAGACAGGCAGAAAACCAGAAGCCAGGAUUUGUGCCACCACGGGAGCUGGACAAGCACAGCCCUUUGAUCAAGAGCCAGUCCAUGACCAGCAUCCAGAAGGGCCAAAGGAAGGAAGAGCCACUGGCCCCUGUUCAACCACCCAAAACCCGGAGCAAAGUGCAGCGCACACAAAGUGUGCCAACCCAGACCAAGGGCGGCCGGCGUCUCCAAAAGCAGAACAGCAUGGAGCACAUGGCUGACAGCAGCCCUGAGUCUAGUGCUUCUGGCGCACAACACAGCAAGGCCAUGCAGGGUUACUCAAAGCUCCGUCCAUCUGCAUCACUUCCUAGGAAACCUACUGUGCCCUGGCUACGGCACUCAGAGGAGGCAGCUGCAACUCAGAAUGGCCUGUAUGCUCUGCAUCCACUGGAAGAGUAUGGGAGGCAGAUGGAACAGCUGCAGGCUGCGGUGACUACAGCCAAGGAGAAGCAGAAGCUAUUUCAGGAACAGCUGGAAAAUGUGGCUGCUCAGAAUCAAGUGCUUCUGGAAGAAAAAACAAAGUUUCAGGAACGGGAAGAGAUUCUCUGUAAGAGGCUGGAGGAAACCGAGAGCUGUCUUGUUCAACUUAUCAGUAGAGUAUCGGGUCUAGAGGCCAGCUUGAAGAAAGAUUAUGGGAAACUUCUAGCCAGCGAGGAGACGACCAAACAACUGGAACACCGUCUGUCUGGAAUGGAGAGGGACCACGACCAGCUUCUCCGUGCUGUAAGCCAGAUGCUGGGCCAUCAAGGGAAGACGUCCAAUUCACUUCAGCGACCACUUUCAGGGCCGGUGUGGGUGAACAGAACUGAGAAUGGGGAUGAGACCUAGAUCAACUUCCUGAGGAUCUUGACAUGCAAAGCUGCAUCUCCCCUGGUGCCUUUGUAAAGAUCAGCUAAGAACUUAUUUUACCUUGCAGGGGACAAGGCUCCCCUUCAAGCCCUAUAAGAGUAACUCUGAUCGGUGCAGUGUAUUGUGAUGGAGCUCUUGAAAGGGUUCUGUUCUUCUAGCCUCUGUGCCUCUCACCUUCUGCUUAGCUUCCAAUUCAGAAUGGCUAUUGCUUCUAGCACAUCCCUGCUUGAGAGUUUGCACUUUUCUUUUGCAUAGUGGCUCUGCUGCUUUGACGCGCAAGAACUACUAUACAUUCUUCUUUGAUGAAAUCUACAUUUAUUCUUUCUUUUCCUCCUCAACAUUUUCUUCUUGGAAAUGAACCUCAAAACACAGAUAUUAAUGUCAGGGGCACCUCAGUGUGCUCUCCAUGUGAGGGACAGUGGUUUGAUUUGAGGAGCACACUGGAGUGGUGGGUGAAGGAGAUGACUCCCUGGCCCUGCCAACAAUUCAUCUUCCAUUCCUGCACAUUGCUGUUUCUUGCUGAGAUAUAGUCACUUGCUGUACUACGAGCCUGGCUGAGGAAGUUCCUUGGGUGACAGAUGCUGGGGGAAUCAGACCCGUGCUCUUUAGCUCAGAUCCAUCUUCUACCUUUAAGCCCUAUGAGGAGCGGCUUAAAGAGCUGGGUAUGUUUAGCCUGCAGAAGAGAAGGUUGAGAGGGAACAUGAUAGCCAUGAAUAAAUAUGUCAUAGGAAGUCAUAGGGAGGAGGGAGCAAGCUUGUUUUCUGCUGCCCUGCAGACUAGGAUGCGGAAUAACGGCUUCAAACUACAGGAAAGGAGAUUCCACCUGAACAUUAGGAAGAACUUCCUCAUUGUAAGAGCUGUUGGGCAGUGGAACUCUCUGUCCCGGACUGUGGUGGAGGCUCCUUCUUUGGAGGUUUUUAAGCAGAAGCUGGAUGGCCAUCUAUCGGGGGUGCUUUGAAUGUGAUUUCCUGCUUCUUAGCGGGGGGGGGGGGGGGGUUGGACUAGAUUGCCCAUGAGAUCUCUUUCAACUCUACUAUUCUAUGAUUCUUUUGUAUAUUUUUGCAUUCUGUGAUCAAGGCUGCUUCCUAACUAUUUUGGAUUUCUCCUACCAUGAAGGAUAAUGGAGCUAUAGCUUGGAAAAGUUACAUUUUGGACUACUGCUGUCAGAACUGCCAGCUUGUAUGACCAGUGGGAACUCUGGUAGUAUAGCUUUUUAAAAAGGACUCUUCAAAGCCUUCCAUGUAACUCAGCACCCACCCCAUUCAUCAUCGUCCACUCAUUCCCUAUGUUCCAUGGAAUGGUAUCAUAUUUUUGUUUAUUGGCUCUAAUUGUUUCUUUAUUUCCACUAUGGAAUGGCAGCUGAUGUCUCAGAGACUGGUAUUGGGCCAGGGACCAAAACUUUGACUGCUUUUUAGACCAAAGACUGCAGUCUCCCUUUUUCUUUUUUUUUUGUGUCAGGAGCAACCUGCGUUGCUUCUGGAGUGAGAGAAUUGGUUGUCUGCAAGGACGUUGCCCAGGGGACGGGGUUGUUUUGACAUUUUACCAUCCUUAUGGGAGGAUGUUUUGACGUUUUACCAUCCUUAUGGGAGGCUUCUCUCAUGUCCCCGCAUGGAGCUGGAGCCGAUAGAGGGAACUCAUCUGUGCUCUCCCCGGGUGGGAUUCGAACCUGGCAGCCUUCAGGUCAGCAACCCAACCUUCAAGUCACAAGGCUUUUAUCCCCUAGGCCACUGGAGGCUCCCAACUGAAUCCUGUAUAGCCAACACCUCUUGGCCUUUCUAGUGUGGUUCAAUUGAAACUCCUAUCAUUCUUUACCACUAGGCAUUCUGACUAGGAUGGAUGAGAGUUGCAGUAUAAAAGCAUUUGGCAGGCCACACGUUGCAUAUACCUGUUCUGGAAAGUAUGCAUAGGAAGGAUUUGUGUCUUCGGUCAAGUUUUUCUGGUGUCAGUUCAUCACCUCCUGCAUGUUUUCUGGCCACCAGCACUACUGAAAAUAGUUCUUUCAAUUGAUUGGCCCACAAACUGAGAUGCCCUAUGGAUUUCCUAUGUUAAACCAUGUUGCCUGAACCAACCUUUGCCUUUUAGUUACUCAUUUUCUCAAUAGCCAUAGCAAUUCCACCAAUGCUAGUGUGUUGGUUUUAAAUGUCACAUUUUAGUACUACCGAUGUAUUUUAGCAGAAUUGGAAAUUAAGAUUAAAAACUAAAAAAUGA